AUGCGCAGUAAUACAAUCGACUCAGGUAUGUUGAUUUUUCUUGGAUUUUUUGAAAAUUUCAAGAGUUUUUUUGAAAAACAAAUAAACUCGUUAAUUAAAAAGGUAGAGGAAACGGUUAUCAAUCAGAUUUUGAAAAAAAAAAUCAAUAUUUUUUUUUCAACCGAUAUAACGAAAAAUUGUAGAACAAUGAGACAAAGGUUAUUACACAUUGAAGAAAAUUAAAACAUUUUUAGAGUCGUCGCCACCUCGAAGAAACACAAGAAUGUCGUCUUCAGGUGCUUCCGAAUCGGAAUUGGAUACUUGCGAUGAAAAUGUUGGAUUGUUAGGCACACGAACGGCACGAAAAAAGAAGCCAUAUACCAAGAGAAAUGAGCAAACACCUUCACUUCACAGGUUGGUUUGAGAUUUUCAAAUUUUUUUUUUGAAGAGAAAGAUGAAACCAAGUUCUUCAAGUUCAUAAAAACUCUGAAAAUGUUCAUCCUGGAAAAGCUGAAAAUAAAAUGUUUCCAGACCUUUGUCGAAUAUCAAUGAUGAAGGAGAUGUUGAUUAUGAUCACGACAAUUUUGAUCCACGCGAUAAUUAUUCGAGCGAUGAGGAUAUUUUGAACUCUGGUGAGUCUUUUUUUUUUGAAAAGGGGAAGAUUAUGAAAUUUUUUGUUUAUUUGGACAAAAAACUUCAAAAUUGUGAAAUGUUGGUUGGAUUUUCAUGCUUGAAUAGCUGAAACUGAAAUUAUGAUUUGAAAGAUAGGACUCAAAAUUUUCAAAAUAUUUAUUGAAUUUUUCACCAGAAAUUUCGAACCUAAAGUUCCGGAAAACUUCUUGAAUAUGAGCAGAAUAAUUUUUAAAAUUCCAGAAAAAUCUUGAUUCACCAAAAAAAUUCUCUCUGGAAAUCGCUAGUUUACGAUAUGAAUUUUUUCAAAUUGAAAAUUUUAUCAAGUUUUUUUUACAAAGAUUUAGCUUUGGAUUUCUUUUUAAAACUUUUUUAAUAGAGCCAUAAUUUUUCAAAAAUUUCACAAAAUCCUUUUGUUUUUUUAAAGAAUUUGAUAGUUCUGGAAAACGUCAUUUAAAUUUUAUUUUAAAAAAAAUUGAAACCGGAAAAAUAUGAAUCAUUUUCCGGAAAUGCUAAUUUAUUUUCCAAUUUCAAGAAAAAAACUUUGAAAUUUCACUACUUCCAGGUCCUGACGCGUAUGGUUCAACAGUCGGCGCAACAAUUUCACUCAAAUACAAUGAAGCCUGCCGCGCCAUUCACAACAAUCAUUUUCCCGAACGAAUUGUUCAAGGCUCCAGUGGCAGUUAUUUUGUCAAAAACAUCCAUGACGUAUGAAAAAAAACCAAAAUUCCCAACCCCAAAAAACACUUCUUUGUUUUUUUCAGGAAAUAAUUGCGGUUUUCAAACCAAAAAACGAGGAGCCCUAUGGAUCUCUCAAUCCCAAAUGGCUCAAAUGGAUUCACCGUGUAUUUUUGCCGUGCUGCUUUGGACGAAGUUGUUUGCCGCCAAAUCAAGUGAGUUUCUUUUUUGGACAGGAAUUUUAUUCAUUCAUACAUAAAAACAGAAUAAUAUAGGGGGAAUGA